AGGAGGCAGUGCAGCCUACGGAAAACAGACCCAGAAACAAACGUCGGAGGUGAAAAGCUCACGUCGGAAGAAACAAACAUGGUGGGACACGGGGAGAUCCGCGUGGUUCACCGAGGUGGCAGUAAAUUACACUUCAGAGCGCCCACCAUCAGCGCCGACUCCUGUUUCCUGGCGUGUGCGUCUGGAGACUGUGUGAAAGUGUUCAGCACUUCCACGGAGGAGUGUAUCCACCACCUGCGGGGACACACCGACCUGGUGACGGGGACGCUGCUCAGACCCUCCAACCACCUGCAGCUCUAUUCCUGCUCACUAGAUGGCACUAUAAGACUCUGGGACUUCACAGAUGGCAUCCUUAUUAAGACAUUUGUCGUCAAUCUGCCAAUUUAUUCCAUGGUUGCGUCGGCCAAACAUGAAGGUGUGGUGUUCGUCGUGACCCCGACCCACGGUGACAAAAGAUCAGAGUUGUUCCAGCUGGUGGCAGUGCAGCUGCCUCCGUCUCCUCAGCAGCAGGGGGAGGUCCUGGAUCUCUCUGCUGUGAUCGAUGACGUCAGCUCCAACCCCGCGGCCACAGCCUUUGGCAGAGAGGGGGAGUUCAUCGCCUCAGUCAAAGGUUCACGCCUGGAGGUUUACUUCUUCAGGAAGGAGAAGUCGUUCAGGUUCUCCCUCAAAGAAAACAAUGAGAAAAAUAAAAAGAACACGUUCACCUGCGUCGCCUGUCACCCCAAAGAUGACUGCAUCGCCACGGGCCACGAAGACGGAAAGAUCCGUUUGUGGAGAAACCUCAAUCAGAAGAAGGAGUACACCUAUUUAACCCUUCACUGGCACCACGCCGCCGUCAGCUCUCUGUGCUUCACCCCACAGGGUACUAACCUGUUGAGUGGGGGGGUGGAGUCGGUGCUGGUCCAGUGGCGUUACAAACAGGAGAACCAGAAGGACUUCCUGCCCCGUCUGGGAGGAGCCAUCACCCACAUCAGUGUGUCACCUGACGGAGUUCUGUUCUGCACCUCACACAGUGACAACAAGAUCACCGUCAUCAAGAACAACGUCAAAGUGUCGGCCGUCAUUCAGGGCUUGGUCAAAGGAGAACGUGUGAGAACCGACCUGCUGGUGGAUCCACGCAGCAAAGUCCUGGUGUUGAACGGCCGACCCGGUCACCUGCAGUUCUACUCCCUGCAGCGGGACAAGCUCCUGUACAACCUGGACAUCGUGCAGCAGGAGUUCAUCCAUGAAGACGGUCUGCAGCAGUUCGAAGUCGUCCACGCCGCCUUCAACUCGUCUGGGAACUGGCUGGCAACAGUAGAAGAACGUCAGCAGAAGUCUGCGGACGUGGAGCUCCAUCUGAAGCUGUGGGCGUUCCAGGAACAAACACAGAGUUUCACCCUGAGGGCCCCCCAUGAGGCGCAGGUCACGGCCCUGAGUUUCUGCCCAUCGGCUGACCAUCAGACCACCAUGUUGGUCUCCACCAGUAAAGAUGGACACUUCAAGGCCUGGGCGGCCGCUCCUGAUGCUCAUGCUGCUAAUGCUGACGCCCCCGACCAUACAGAGGCUGAAGGUCCUUCCUGGUCAUGUGACUUUGUGGGAACCUAUCACGGACUGGUGCCGGAGCGCUGCUGUUUCUCCGCCGACGGCUCUCUGUUGGCCGUCAGUUUCCAGAAGGUGGUGACGCUGUGGAACCCAAACUCCUGGGAACUGGUGACCACCCUGUCCCAGCCGCCCGGAACCAUCAGACAUCUCUGUUUCGGACGACUCAGCUGUUCUAAGUAUCUGUUAGGAACCACGUCGGAGAACCUGCUGUGCUGCUGGAACCUCCUGACCUGCACCUUGGAGUGGAGCACGGCCGUGGAGACCACCCUGCUGCUGGACGACCCCCGCUCUGAGAACGUGGCGGCCUUCAGCUUCCAGGAGGGAAACACCGACUUGUUUGUCUUUAAACCCAAUGAGCCCCGGCCGCUGUUUUCCCAUAAGGCUGUGUGUUCAGGGAGGGUGGCUCGAGCCGUCUUCGCCCCGAGGGAGGAGCUGCUGGAGGCCUGUGAGGAGAGCAGCCAGUGGCUGAACCUCUCCCAGCUCUACUUCCUCACCCCCCACAUGGACCUCAUGACGUUCACCACCAAGGUGGAGGAGGAAAGGCUGAUGGCCUCCAGCAAACCGCUCGUGAUCAACGACAGCGUGGCUGAAACACCGUUCAGUCUGUUGCUGGGGAAACACCGACGGCAGCAUGAGAAUGAAGAGAGAGUUCUGAGUGGGUCUGUAGAAGCAUCUGCCCCGCCACAGGGCAGUAGUGCCGUCAGAGAGCUCCUACAGACCCCAGCUCACGUGCUCCCCUCCACCUCCUUCCUCUGCUCCAUGUUCGUGCAGUCUCUGCUCGUCUCCGUCACAGACUCCAGUGAGAAAAACAAACCUGUGGAGGAGGAAAUGGCAAGUGACAAUGAGGAAGAGGAUUCAGAGGAGGAAAUGGAGCCUAGCAGCAGGUCAGAGAGGGCGCCCCCCCCCACAGACUCCACCGCCGCCGCCACCGCUGUAGCUGCUCCGGCUCUGACCAAGGCUGAGCUGAGAGAACUGAAGAGAGUGAGGAGACUGGACCUCAGCUGGCUGUCAGGCGUGUGCUCGUGAAGCUGACGUUCCGGAAUGUUCUGCACAGGGAGUUAGAAUGUUCUGGUUCUGGACGUUUGUUAAAUCUGAGUGCAGCAGAAGUCGGUGGGGGAAAAAAAACCCCAACCCAACCCCACCCCAAAAAAACUGCUCAGUCACUACUCAGAGUGUGUAUGUGUGUGUGUGUCUGUUCAGCAGUUUGUCUUGUGUACACACGUGAACGUGAACAUGUGUCAUGCUGUGCAGAAGUCUUUUUUUUUUUUUGCGUAAUACUUUUCAAGUAUUUGGACAAAAUGAGGGAAAAAAAACAGAAAAUCAAAAUCAAAACAUGUUUUUCUUUCACAUCAUGGUUUCAAACAAAAAUAAAUGAAUUAGCAGCAGAGACACUGACUCUGCAGGACAGGCCGGGCGGUUGGACCGGGUCAAGACCAGAUAUGAGUGUUCUGAUAUACUCUACACACACACACACACAUAUAUAUGUAUGUAUGUGUAUGUAUGUAUAUAUGUACAUAUGUAUGUAUAUGUACGUAUAUAUGUGCAUGUGCAUAUAUAUAUAUGUAUAUGUGUAUGCGCAUAUAUAUGUAUACGCAUAUAUAUGUAUAUGUAUGUGCAUAUAUAUGUGUUCAGCCCAGGUUGACAUUGAUCUUCAUGCAGGAUCGUGGAUGUACCGUAAACGUUUACUUGUCGUGAAUCUGUUAGUUUUUUUUUGUUUGUAUCUAUUUUUGAUAUAGAGACGGAGUAAACGCAGCCUCAGUAUUUUGAAUAAAUCACUCUUUAAAUA